UGAAGACGAAUUGGUGAAUAACUUAGAAAAUUGGGAUGAAUUUGGGUGUGGCUCUAGGAGUGAAGACAAAAUGGUGAAUGAUUUGAAAAACAAAAAUGAAUUUGAGUGUAGAUUAGAAAGUGAAAAUGAAUUGGCAAAUAGCUUAAGAAACGAAAAUGAAUUUGAGAAUGGUUUAGAAAGUGAAAAUGAGGUUAUAAGCAGAUUAGAGUAUAGUAAUGAAACUAGAUUAGAUAUUUAUGAUGAUUCUGAUAAUGGGUCAGAGAGCAAUAGUGAUAUUUCAACUACAACAAAUAGAAGCUCUACAGAUAAUGAAGAAAAUACACCCUUUAUAUCAGCUGAACUCGCUACUAUAAUUCAACUUUUUAAAAUCAAGGUGCAAAAUAAUCUAACUGAUGAAGCUUUUUAUGAAAUUGUGAAAGCUGUAAUUGCAAAACCAAUGA